AUGUUACCACAACACGCCAUGAACCCAUCCGAGGAAGGCUCAUACAUGACCAAAGAAAAGUUUAACUCGCUGCUGCUAGAAGUCUUCUUCUUCAAGAAGCUCCCAUGCGAAGAAGUUGAGGAGAAUUGUGACUGCUGCGUUUGUAUCGAAAGUUGGAGACAGACUCAAACCUCUCCCAACACCAUUUCAAUACCGCACGGAAAAUCGCUCUCUAGCAUGCUAGACGAACAAGAUAUCAUGCCUUUCUACUUGAAAGGAAAUAAUGCAUGUCUUGUUGUCAGAAAAGCUUCUAGCGACAUUACAGAUUACAAGUUCAUAGCCACAGCCUUUCAAAUUCAUCCAACAAACCAAGAACUCAUGUCGAAUCAGGGCUACCCAAUAAUAACAGCUCCUGAAAUGUCUGUUGGUGUUUAUGAUGAUUGCUUGCUGAAGUCUGAAGACUUUAUUGAUCAACUACAAACUUUAUGCAUGCAUUUAGAGGAAUCAAUACCUACUUCAUCCAAACAUCACAGAAAGCAGGCUGAGGUUAGAGAUGUUGCAUCUCCAAAAUUAGUUUUCGAGUGGCUGUUACCAACCCUUUCCGAUAAUGUUGGCCACGUACCUCUCACAACCAUUCAAAAGAAAGUUAGAAACUCUGUUCAAUGGAAGGACUGUUUGAAACCAUAUAGACGCUCGGGCCUUUGGAUGUGCAUCAAGACAUGUUUGCAUUUGAACUUGGUGUGGCUGUUUGGUAUUGAAAAAGGUACACUUCUGUACAAAAUAUUCAUGUUACAGCUUAUGAGCUAUUUAUGUUUAAAAAGCAAAGGAAAGCUGUCACAUGACCUGGUCAUGCAAAUGCUUUCAAAGAUGUCUGUUAGGAUGGCAAAGUUGGAGACCAUGAUUGAGAAUUAUUCAACUCGUACAGCUGACAAAGAUAUGAUUGUUGAUAUUCAAGCAUGUGAAUCCUUGACAAACCUUGUUUUACAGAAAUCCUUAGAGGUUGUCGAGAAAUUGAGAUUAGGUGUAGACCAUUGGUGGUCAAAAACAAUGGAGACAUUCUCAAAAGAAAACUCUUUUGCAAUGAAUUUUGACCGUGUAGACGUUAAGAAGGAUAUACGCUUAUCUCUUCCAAAGUCAUCAGAGCAUUUAAACGGUUUUAAACAACUACAACACAAUACUAUUGGCAAGUUAUAUGAACACAAACCACCAAAGGACACUGGAUCUUCUGAAAGAGAUGACUUUGAAUACCUAUGUGCAAUCGAGGACUUUAUUCGAAAAGAUAUGGUGAACACUAUCGUUCAACAAGACUAUAGCAUUCACUAUUCAAGCGAGCUGUUUGACAAAUUGAAACAAUACCACCCUAAGGCAAUGAAAUUUUAUAAGAAUGAUCCUGUUGGGAAAAGUAGACUGUUCUUGGCUGUCUUUAAUAUUGUUCGUGGGUUGCAUAUGAUUGCUGUGAAAAACAUGCCUCUACUUGCAAAAUAUAAAUCUGGGGUAGAUGUCAGCACCAUUCAAUCCCUAUUGUUGUGCUCACAAGCAGAUCUACAAUAUGCGUACGAACUGGAACAUUAUUUUAACGAGCACGAUCAAAGCGCCUCGAACAAUUCAGAUUUUCUUUAUGACACUUUCUCCCCCCAAUCCUUUUGUGUUCGGUAUGCAGAAGGUAAUGAAUCCAUGAAGAAGACUUUACAACAAAUUCUUGACAGAAUGGAACAGAAGAAAGAACAAAAGCUUAGGGAAGUGAGGGAAAUGAAAGAAAAGUACGAAAAUCUGCAAAGAGAGAUUCGAAAUUCAAAGUGUGAAUAUAAUGUAGACAAAUUUGGUUACUCCAGACAUUCAAGAUGGUGUCACAAGUGCAAUUUAGUGAAUGAAUGUAGCAAUAUGAACAUAUUCAUUUACGAGAAAGAUCUACCAGAGGAGCCAUAUUUGAGGAAUGCUAUUGUAUUUGAGCUAAACCUACCCCACUCUAUGGUUACUAAGGGAUGCAUUUCACAUUUUAUGCUCAAUGCAAAAACGAGUUAG